GCCAUGUCUCUCAUCAGUGACUGGCGGCCACAUCUCCGUCGGCAUGCAAGGGUUCCUGCGUUCCACUCCCGUUAGCGCAUGCCUAAACUACGGCCCCACAAUGACGCCGAGGUUGGAGUGAAUAUAGCUAUUUUGCGACUCCGCCUGUAUUUCAGCUUGACGCCAUCGAGAAGCGGAAAGAACAAUGGCGGGCUUACAGGAUGCCCCAAUUGUCAAUGAAACAACCAUUGAGACGUCUGCUCCGGUCUCGGGUCAAUCAUCGCAAAAGGCAACGUUCCAUGUAGGGACUCGAGCCUCGCUUCUCGCCCGGGUCCAAACGGAUGAGGUCGUGAAGGCAUUGCGAGCAGCAUGGCCGGACCAUCUGUUUGAAAUACACGCCAUGACAACGACCGGAGACAAAAAUCAGACCACAGCACUACACAAGUUUAACGAGAAGGCAUUAUGGACGCAAGAACUAGAGGUGCUCCUGCAAAAUGGCGAGCUGGACUUCAUUGUCCACAGCCUUAAGGACAUGCCGACUCAGCUUCCUGUGGAUCUUCAGCUUGGCGCCGUCACAAAGCGUAGGGAUCCACGAGACGCGCUCGUUAUCAAACCCUCGUUAGUCGGUAAGUGCCGCAGUCUCGCCGACCUCCCAGAGGGCUCCGUGGUCGGUACCAGCAGUCUUCGGCGAACGGCACAGCUCAAGCGACGGUACCCUCAACUCCGAUAUGCAGAUGUACGAGGCAAUCUCGGGACGCGGUUAGCCAAGCUUGACAACCCCGAGUCAGAAUAUGCUGCCAUCAUCAUCGCAGUCGCCGGCUUAGACCGGUUAGGGAUGGGUGAUCGCAUCACGAGCUACCUCUCAAGUAGUCACGGCGGCAUGCUGGGUGCUGUUGGGCAAGGCGCGUUAGGCAUCGAAUCACGGCGAGACGAUCGGCGGGUGGAGGAGCUGCUGUCGAGGAUUGGCCACGAGAGGUCGACCUUCGCCACGCUCACAGAACGAAGUCUUAUGCGCACAUUAGAGGGUGGCUGUUCGGUGCCCAUCGGCGUGGAGACGGAGUGGAAGACGGAUGAGCUGACAGAUGAGCUUCUGAUGCGAGCUGUCGUGAUUAGCCUUGACGGUGAUGAGGUCGCAGAAACCGAGACGCGUAAGCGUAUACUAAGCCGGCAGGACGCAGAAGACUUCGGCUUCGAGGUUGCAAGGCAGCUUGUCGCUAAAGGUGCCGAUAAGAUCUUAGAGAAGAUCCAACUAAACCGUCAGAUCAUACACGACCAGGGUGAUGCAUGA